AUGCCCCACAAGGCAUGGUUUUGUUUGCCGGUGCUCAGCACCCGGCCUACCCGCAGGGCAUGCUCAUGCCGUCCGCGCACGCCGCACAGAUGCAACACCGCUCCAAGGGCCCCGUCAAGCCCGAGACCCAGGCAGAGCGGAAGGACCGUAUCGAGCACGAGAAGCAGGAAGUCAUACGCGAGUUUAAGAAGAAGACCAGGGAAGCCGCCUUGGUUCGGUUUAGGCAAAAGCGCAGAGAGCGCAGGUUUGGAAAACUUAUCCGUUACUACUGCCGCAAGAAGCUUGCGGAUGCACGCCCCGGGUAAAGGGACGGAUCAAGGACGAAGAUGAUAUGGAGCCGCCCCAGGUCGUCCCAGGUAUGAAUCGGUGAUAGCAUCUCUCGAGGGUGGUUUUUUUGUCGCUUCUUGACAAAAACCUCCUGUGUGUAUAUAGUAGUGCCAGUGUUUUCGCUAACAGUUGUGCAUUUCUCUCCCCCCCUGGUUUGGGAGCAUAAAACAAACUAUUGACGUGUACACA